AUGUCGGACUUAAAGCGCGACUUGGACGAGUAUCUGCUGUUGCAGGAAAACCAAAAGAAAAGUUUCAAACUAGAGAUGCCCAAAAUGCCCGUCCUUCCAACUCCUGGGCUUGUUGGUAAGCUUUUUGGUCGCAACCAGGAACCAGAGGCAAACAGCUGGCUUAAGGAUACUCAGGACACUUGUUGCCCAAAGUUGUCUCGAAUUCAACGAAUAGUAGGCUUCGUGACCUGCAUGGGCCUCGGAAUAUUUUGCAUGAUAGUAUCCACUUUUUACAUUCCUGUGCUAAUUUUGAAGGCGAGAAAAUUUGCCCUGUUAUACACGCUGGGCAGCGUAUUUUUCAUCAUGAGUUUUUCGUUUUUAAGCGGGUUUGGAGCAAUGUUCCGCCAGAUGUUCUCCCGGGAACGAGUAGCAAUGUCCAUCAGCUACACGUGCUGCCUCACGGCGACUCUCUACUUUGCCAUGGUCGCACAAAGUACCGCUUUGACUGUGCUCUUUGCCGUCGCUCAGAUUAUUACGUUGCUGUGGAUGAUUCUGGCUGCAAUUCCGGGAGGCAUGAGUGGAGUAAAGUUCUUCGGCAGUAUGUUCCGAAGCUCCGUAUCCAGCACGUUGCCAGUCUGAAAUUGAGGGACAGAUCUACCAGGCAACAAAUGCAAUUUGCAAGUGUGAUAUCCAUUAGAUGUAUGGUGCGCCAGAGAUUACAAAUGCGAUUUGACUUAAAUGGCUUAUUUGUUUACGAUCAGUAUGCGAAUAUAUCAAUAGCCGUUUCGUUCGUGUGGCUAAAAGCCAAAGUAAUUAAAGUUUUCAAUUUUAU